UUGGUAUCCAUUGAACAAUUCUAUCCAAAAAAUUUUGGCUUCUAUAUACUGUUAAUAAUAGAUGCAACAACCAUGACAACCUACAAAAUACGGUCACUGAAACUAUUCCAAACUAAGGUUACUGACUGAUGUUAGAGAAAGAUGCGAUGUUAAGCUAAGCUGGAUGGCAAUGUCCGAUUGUUAUAAAUUGUUUCAAAUGGGUUCAGUAAUUGAAUUUAAUGAACACGAAGAUGGAAUCCACAGAUUCCCCGCUUUACACCACUUUACCAAAGCCAGUUGCAAAGAUUAACAGAGUUUAUGGAUGCGCAUAUUUUUGUGCAAUUCUUGGGCUUAUAUGUUAUCGUAUCCAGUAUAUGCCAAGUGAAGGAUAUGUACAAUGGAUGCUGCUAUUUUGUGCGGAGCUAGGCUUGGCCUUCCAAUGGGUAUUAGAGAUGGCCUUCAGGUGUUGGCCUGUGGAGCGAUUUACGUACCCAGAAAGACUUUCUAAAAGGUUUGAGAAGGAGCUACCUCCCAUUGAUGUAUUUAUAUGCACGGCUGACCCUGUUAAAGAACCUCCAUUGGAUGUUUCAAACACUAUAUUGUCUACUCUGGCUUUUAAUUAUCCAGUGCAAAAAUUGACAUGUUAUGUAUCGGAUGAUGGAGGAUCCCCAAUCACCUUUUAUGCUCUGUUGGAAGCUUCACGUUUUGCAAAGAUUUGGGUUCCUUUUUGCCACGAGUAUUCCAUUCAGCAGAGAUGCCCAGAAGCAUAUUUUUCUGAAUGUUAUUUCAAUGAAACUGACAACAUGUCCUUCACUACAGAAUGGCAAAAGGUCAAGAAAUUGUACGAUGAGAUGAAAUAUUGUAUAAGGAGGACUGUAGAGAGAGGCAUUGUUCCAGAAGAGAAAUGCAAAGAACACAAUGGCUUCAAAGAAUGGAAACCAGCGAUGACUUCACGAGACCACCCGAGUAUAGUUCAGGUUUUGCUAGAAAGGGGCAAAGACAUAACCGUUGAGGGCCAUGAUUUGCCUAGUCUUGUCUAUGUGUCCCGUGAAAAGCAACCUGGGAACCCCCAUCAUUUUAAGGCUGGUGCUCUUAAUGUGCUGAUUAGAGUCUCUGCUCUUAUGAGUAAUGCUCCCUUUAUUCUUACUCUGGACUGUGACAUGUACGCCAACAACUGUGAAACCCUUCGAGAAGCCAUGUGCUUUUUCAUGGACUCUCGAACUGGGCACCAGUUUGCCUAUGUCCAGUUUCCCCAAAGGUUUCAUGCCAUUACGAAAAACGAUCUGUAUGCCAAUUAUCUCAGGAAGUAUAUGGAUAUACUUCAUAAAGGAAUAGAUGGAAUCGAAGGUCCGUCAUACAUGGGUACCGGAUGCGUUCACCGCAGGGAUGUCUUAUGUGGAAGCGAGCGACAACACAGUUCUUUGAACUUAAUGAAAGAGCUUAUUAGUUCAUCAAUUGUAGGCAUGGAGAAAGUAGCUCCAUCUAAGCGAUUGGACGAGGCAAAAGAACUUGCCAAGUGUGGCUAUGAGAAGAACACCCAAUGGGGGAAAAAGGUCGGCAUGCUCUACGAUUGUGCAGUGGAAGAUACUUUGACAGGGUUGUCUAUUCACUGCAGAGGAUGGAAAUCUGUUUACUACUCUCCCAAAAGAGAUGCUUUUGUGGGUUGUGCGCCAGUUAAUCUGAAUGAUACUCUGGUCCAAAAUAAAAGAUGGGCAACGGGUUUCCUGGAGAUUUUUUUCAGCAGAUUUUGUCCACUCACUUAUGGUAUCCGGCAUACAAAACUAGCACAGAAUAUGUGUUACAGCUAUUACUUUCUGUGGGCUCCGUCUUCCUUACCUUUGAUCUGCUACGGCUUAGUACCGGCCUUGUGCAUGGUCACCGGCCUAUCCUUAUUUCCCCAGAUUUCAGAUCCAUGGAUUAUUCUCUUUCUAGUCUUACCAGUAUGUGCAUAUGCACACAGUGUUUUGGAAUUUAUAUAUGUGGGAGGAGGCUCUUUAAAAUCUUGGUGGAAUGAUCAAAGGAUGUGGAUGAUAAAGGGCGUGUCAUCCAAUCUGUUUGCGCUCAUUCAAGUAGUCUGUAAAUUACUUGGAAUAUCUAAGGUUGGUUUCGAGGUGACAAGCAAAGUAUUUGAUAGCGAAGCAGCCAAAAGAUAUGAGGCAGAGAUUUUUGAGUUUGGGGUUUCUUCUGCACUUUUUAUACCUUUUUCUAUCAUAGCACUGAUAAAUCUCAUGGCGUUAGUGUGUGGGAUUUUAAGGGUGAUGAGAGAAGGUUAUCCAGCCAUGGCGAGUAUGUAUGUGCAGGUGAUGAUGUCGAUCUUCCUAGUAAUAAAUAGCUAUCCGAUAUAUGAGGGUAUGUUUGUGAGGAAAGACAAGGGAAGCAUGCCUUUGCCCAUUACUGUAUUCUCUACGCUGGCUGCGGCACUUGCCUGUUCUUCAGCUUCUGCCAUAUCCUGGGAUUCUAAAUCUUUGAUUUAAAUGUGUGGCUUGGUGAAGUCCUGUGAUUAACAAUAGGAAUUCUUAAGCAUAUACAGGGCUAGGAAAUAAUUGGCGAAUCUAUCAUCCAAUCGGUUCGGAUAAUAAUCUGUGAAUUAAGCUUAAGCUGAACAACUAUCUCAAUAUGAUUAGGUGGAUAUCACUAUUUAAAUACCACAGUGAAACAGUCAAUAUCAUUUUUAUAUUUCACUUUUAUUAAAAAGUGAUAAAUAAUUAUUCUAUUUUAUUGAUGCUUGAUCAUCGAA